AGGGAGUUGCCAACCAUGGCAGCCCAGCAGGUGACAACUCUAGAGUCCGGGCACACUAAACAGCUGUAGUUUGUGUAUUGUAUUGUUUAACUUUAGCAAUUUUUUAAACAUGUCGCUUGUUGCAUAUGCUGCCAGUUCUGAUGAAGAUUCGGAGAACGAAGAGGAAAACUCUGUACCACAAGUGGAAAUAAUCAAACCUCAAGCCAAGCCGAGCACACCAAAUGCUCCCAAUGAGGCGUCCUUAGCUCCGGAAUCAACCAGUGGUCACAUUAGUGACGAAGAUGACGACUACGUUCCCCAGGAGGUGUCCCUUCAGGAGCUAAAGCCGCCCAACGGAAGACUGCUAUUGGCCUUACCCAAACCAAAAGUCACUGCUCCCGCUGAGGAUCUGGAAAAUGAGGAUGUGGACCACCAGGUUACCUCCGCCUUUGCCAACCUGCCCAUGCCACGAACAGCAGCGAAAGGAAAAGCCAUUGUAGAGGAGAAAGACGAUGAGUUUCUGCACAAAAAGGCGCUGCCCGUAGAAAUAGAGAAACCUCCACCGCCGCCAGUCAAGGGAAAAGUAAAAAUCAGCAUUCCUUCACUAAGAGAUUUCUCAGAUGUGGACCAGGAGAAAGCGGACAGGGCUAAGAACAAAGUGGACAAGCCCAAUGCACCCAAGGGAUCGGGAUUGUUGAGUCUGCUGCCACAGGCAAAGUCGGAGCGCAACUUCUCCAAGAACUCUUCAUCCGCGGCUGCCUCCCCAUCAGCCAGCACCACUCUUGCUUCUAGUCCAAACAAUAAUCCUGCGCAGCCCCGAGCGGCACCAGCUUUUGUACCCGAUACAGUUAAGCAACGGCGAGCUGCACACAACACCGAAGGCGUAGAUGGCCCUAAGGCCGGCCACAAGAAGAAUUCUGAGGCAAAGGACGCUCUGAAGCCAACCAAAUCCAAACCUAUAAGUAAACCCACUUCGCUGGUAAAUGCCAGCGAUAGUGAAGAUGAUGACGAAGAUGGCACUGGAGACUUUUUCUCCCUGAACUCCGAGCAAAAGCUGCCUGAGGUGAGCAGCAACGAGAUUAGCGCUCUAGUGGCCAAGCGAGCGGCCAAGAUGGUGGAGGCCAGUAGCAAAUACCUCGAAGAGGUAGCCGAGAAGGAAGCAGCCGAAGCAGAAGCCGCCCGACUUGAUGAAGAGCAGACUCAGAUUGCACAAAAGCGCUACCACGAACAGCAGUUAAACGCAGAGGCCAUGGACGCAUUGGUGGGCAAAAAUGCCAAGCGCCGGCGGAAGGAGGCCAAGGAGAUGCAGGUGAUCGACAUAUCUGGGUCUCAGGUGCUACCUGAUCGCGAGGAAUGGAUGCGAUCGGCUCUUGCUUCGUCCACCACCUUCCAACCGACCGGCGUGCUGACGGACGAGGAGCCGGUGGCAGGGACUCGGCGCAAGCACCAGAUCACCUACCUGGCGCACAAGGCGAAGGCCAACGAAGCCGAGCUGCAGGCCAUGUGGUCGGCCAACCGGCAGACCCGUCGGGCCACCCAAAGCAAAUACGGCUUUUGAGUUUCCACUUUAUGUACAACUAAUCCUACAAUAUAUGCUUAAUUCUACUGUA